CCUGCCUUUGAUAGCCUACUGUAGCUACUGGCUUCACUAGUUGUUGUUUUUUUUUUUCUUCCCCGACUCUUCACAGAUGACCAUGGACAAAGUUGCACUGAAACUAACUCUCUUCGGCCUUCUCUUCACCUGUGUCAACUUGGCUGCUGAAAACAAGAAACAAGAUAUAGAUAUUUACAGCUUCCACAUUAACUCUACGGUCACCAGCCGCUACGCUACUACAGUCAUCACAAGUCGUGUGGCAAACCUGUUGAAUCAGUCUCAAGAGGUCCAUUUUGAGGUCAAGAUUCCCAAGGAUGCCUUCAUCAGCCAGUUUAGAAUGCAAGACCAUAGAGGGGAAGAUAUAUGAUGGAGUUGUGAAGGGAAAAGAAGAAGCUCAGCAGCAAUACAAUCAAGCAGUAUCUCAAGGACAAAGUGCUGGACUGGUCAGUGCUGUUGGAAGGACUUUAGAGGACUUUAAAACUUCAGUGACGGUGGCUGCUUUUAGUAAAGUGACCUUUGAGUUGACCUACGAGGAACUGUUAAAGCGCCGCCUCGGUAAAUAUGAGCUACUCAUCAACGCACAACCGAUGCAGCCGGUGGCUGACUUCAAGAUAGACGUACACAUCCAUGAGAAUACAGGAAUUUCAUUCUUGGAGGUCAAAGGUGGUCUGAACACUAAGGAUUUGUCCAAUGCUGUCACAACCAUCAGAGCAGAUAAAGAUUCAUGGGUGAAGUUCUACCCCACUCGUGACCAGCAGAAAAAGUGUGAUGACUGUAGUAAAAAUGGUCUGAAUGGCAACCUGAUCAUUAUGUAUGAUGUUGUGAGACAAAAACAAAGUGGAGAUCUGACGUUAUCAAAUGGCUACUUCGUCCACUACUUUGCACCUACAGAUAUUCAGCGCAUUCCCAAAAAUGUGGUGUUUAUCAUUGAUAAAAGUGGCUCUAUGUCAGGCAAAAAAAUAGAGCAGACUCGUAUGGCUAUGCUGAAGAUUUUGAGUGAUCUUGAUGAGGAUGACCACUUCGGAUUGAUCACGUUCAGUGGUCACAUUGAAACCUGGAAACCUGAACUCCUAAAAGCAACUGAAGGAAACGUGGAAGAAGCGAAGAUGUUUGUGAAGAGGAUUAAUAGUGGAGGAUCCACAGACAUAAAUGAUGCAGUGCUAAAAGCUGUGGACAUGAUAAACAAUUACCCACAAGAGGGAUCGGCAUCUAUCCUGAUCCUUUUGACUGAUGGAGACCCCACCACAGGUGAGACUGACCCAGCGAAGAUCCUGGAAAAUGUGAAAAAGGCGAUUAGUGGAAAAUUCCCUUUGUACAGUUUGGGAUUUGGGUUUGACGUCAACUUUGAGUUCCUGAAGAAGUUGUCGUUGGAAAAUAAUGGUGUUGGUCGCAGGAUCUAUGAGGAUUCUGAUGCCGAUCUACAGCUGCAGGGGUUCUACGAGGAAGUGGCCAUCCCACUCUUGACUGAUGUCCAACUUAACUACCAAGGGGUGGCCAAUUUAACCCAAUCCACUUUCAGCCAGUACUACAAUGGUUCUGAGAUUGUUGUAGCUGGUCAGAUCACUGAUAACAGUUUGGAAAGCUUCACCACUGAGGUCAUUGCAUUAUCGAAAAGUACUAAGAUGGUAUAUAACAGCAGUGUGCUUACAGGGGACCUCAGUAGUGACAGACCUGAACACGACAACUUCAUUAAAAGAUUAUGGGCCUUUCUUACUGUGAAGCAGCUUUUGGAGAAAAUGGUGCUUCUAAAAGACCUGGAAAAAGAAAACGCAAAGAAAGAAGCCCUUGAUCUUUCUUUGGAGUACAAAUUUGUCACACCGAUUACAUCAAUGGUGGUCACCAAGCCCCAGAAUGAAGAAAUGCAGGUUGCCCACAAACCCAAAGAGGGAGAAGAAGAACCAAAUAGGCAUUCAUCAGGAAGUAUUAAACCAUCAAGAAGACAAAAGGCCAUGCGCAAAUCCAAAAUGUUAUCAGGUCAUGUGAUUCAUACUUCCAGAAUAAGGGCGCCGAACAGUCCAUCCUAUUCCUUGUCCAAGGUCAUGGUGGGACAAAGAACCUCUCCACAGCGUCCUAAAUUGACAUCAAUAGAAAGUCCAACUCUGAAACCUCUGACAACUUCUCCUCCAUCGAGGAGCGUUAGGAUUUUGAAAUCUUCUGGUAGUGCUCAUCCACUUUGUUAUGAUGUUCCUCUUGCUCAGAAAGUCAUACUCCAACAGAAUGUUCUGUCAGAGUUCUCUAUGAAUGGGGAACUUGAGUCAGUUGGAGGAGAAGGAUUCAGUCAAAUUGCUAUUCAUUACAAAACUAAUCACCACCUUCUGCUCAGCACUACUGAAAUGAUCUACAAUGAUGGGCAGAAAACUGUUAAGUUUUCAUGGGAACAAGACCUCACCCACCAUGAGAGAGAAAAUGUCACUUUGAUUCUACGGAGCAAUGAAAUGGACGUUACCAUGGGAAACAUCCGCGUUGUUGUUCUUUUUCAUAAAAAAGACGGUGACAUUUUUCUGUGGCCUGCCAUUUGGCAACAACCAAAAGAUGUCAGUUUGAUGGGUAUUUUAGGAGAGGCUGAUAUUUCAUAUGAGGAGAUCCCAGGAUCACAAACCCCAACUUUGAAGUUAAAGGACCAAGAAGUGAAGACAUCUUGGGUGAUGGUGAAGGACUACAGACUUGCUUCUGCUCCUGUGGUUGGAUGUUGGCUCGUACCAUUCCAGGCUGUUGUGCAGCGAGAGCUCUCUGACUUCACUGUCACUCAGCUGUAGAAUAUUUUUACUGUCCAUUGUCAACCUGCCCUUUUCAAUAAUACAGUAUAACAUAUUCUUUAAAUGGGAAUUGUUGGUCAAAUAGCUGUGAAAUUGUAAUUUUCAUCUUUAGCAUGCUUUGAAUGUGUUCUUCUUUGCCCACAUUAAAUGCACCUGGGCUUUAGCUGGCAAAAUGUCUGAUCAAAUAGCAAUUAAAAAUGCAUACCAAAA